CAGGGUGCAACGUGCAGAGGUGCCCCUCGGAGGUGCCAUGCUUCGCAAGGCGCUGCAGCUCAGUUCGUGCCGGCGCCUCUCGGCCCGGGGGCUCAGCACACGCAGAGGAGGCUCCACUCUGGACUGGGGUGGAAAGGUCUCCGAGAUUAAGAAGAAGAUCCGGUCGGUUCUGCCCGGAGGGACCUGGGAUCUGCCGUACGACACCAGCCACCUGCCCCCCGAACACGCGGACGUGGUGAUCGUGGGAGGUGGGGUGAUUGGCCUGUCUGUGGCCUAUUGGCUGAAGAGGUUGGAGACGCAGCGAGGUGCCAUUCGGGUGCUGGUGGUAGAACGGGACCACACGUACCGACAGGCCUCCACGGGCCUUUCCGUGGGAGGGAUUCGCCAACAGUUCUCGUGUCCUGAGAACAUCCGGCUCUCCCUCUUCUCAGCCAGCUUUCUACGCAACAUCAACGACUACCUGGCUGUGGUCGAUGACCCGCCCCUGGACCUGCAGUUCAACCCCUCAGGGUAUCUCUUACUGGCUUCAGAAAAGGGAGCCGCCGUCAUGGAGAGCAACGUGAAGGUGCAGAGGCAGGAAGGAGCUAAAGUCUGCCUGCUGUCUCCUGAGCAGCUUCGGAGCAAGUUUCCCUGGAUAAACACAGAGGGAGUAGCCUUGGCUUCCUACGGGUUGGAGAACGAAGGUUGGUUUGACCCCUGGUGUCUGCUGCAGGGACUUCGGCGAAAGGUCCAGUCCAUGGGAGUCCUUUUCUGCCAGGGAGAGGUCACACGCUUCAUCUCCUCAUCCGCCCACAUGGAGAACGCAAGUGGGGAAGAGGUGACUUUGAAAAGGAUUCGCGAAGUCCACGUAAAGAUGGACCACAGCCUGGAGUACCAGCCUGUGGAGUGCGCCGUAGUCAUCAACGCAGCUGGAGCCUGGUCUGGGCAGAUCGCAGAGCUGGCCGGUAUAGGGAACGGGCCCCCUGGCACCCUGCAGGGCACCAAGCUCCCUGUGGAGCUGAGGAAAAGGUAUGUGUACUUGUGGCACUGCCCCCAGGGACCAGGCCUGGAGACCCCGCUCGUUGCAGAUACCAGCGGAGCCUACUUCCGCCGGGAAGGACUAGGCAACAGCUACCUCGGCGGCUGCAGCCCCACUGAGGAGGAAGAACCAGACCCAGGGAACCUGGAAGUGGACCAUGAUUUCUUCCAGGAAAAGGUGUGGCCCCAUUUGGCCCAGAGGGUGCCAGCUUUUGAGACUUUGAAGGUCCGCAGCGCUUGGGCUGGCUAUUAUGACUACAACACCUUUGACCAGAACGGCGUGGUGGGCCCCCACCCACUGGUUGUCAACAUGUACUUUGCUACGGGCUUCAGUGGUCACGGGCUCCAGCAGGCCCCUGCUGUGGGGCGAGCUGUGGCCGAGAUAGUGCUGGAGGGUAGCUUCCAGACCAUCAACCUGAGCCCCUUCCUCUUCAGCCGCUUUUACUUUGGGGAGAAGUUCCAGGAGGCCACUAUCAUCUGAGCUGGUCAUUCUGCCCCCACGUGGCUGGGCAGGCAGGCCGACUAGGGGCUCUACAGUUUUGACCCUGAGGCCCAGGCUGACAAGCGUGAUGGGCGGGACCCCGGGACUGAUCUCUGGCCCAGGCUGAUGCCACGCACCAAGGCAAUCCAGCUGGACAGAACCCUCAGGACUCCUGAGGACCAUGGUCCAGGAGUGGUUCCUUCUGGAUACUGGUUCAGAAAGGCUGCUGUUGACUCUCCUGGCAGCCCAGCCAAACCCUGAUAGGUGAACAUUCUGGGGCAGCCUGGGCCCGGAUCAUUGACUUGUCUGUUUACUUUG